AUGUCAAAAUCUUCAAAACAUCCGUUCAUUCCACUGGACAACCUUAGUGCUCCCCAUGGCUCAAAGAUCUCCUAUGACCAGGAAACCAACAUUAAAUGGCUUCACAAUCAAAGAGAUAUCCUACAGGCGGAAACCGGCAAAGUUAUUCUUGCCAAUGACGUGAUCGAUUAUUGCUCCAAGACAUUGAUGAGAUUUAUGGGCCGUGGACUGAUGAGUCCUGAUUAUUUUGUAUUUUCUAUGCAUGCUAUGAUAGCUCAGAGGUGCUUCCCGCACGUCAAGUUUCCUGGCAAGGAUCCGGAUCCAGUCUUUGUCGGUAGCCAAUCCAAAUUACUUAGAUAUCAGGCUGACAUCAUAAGACGUGCGAUAGAUGUAGUCAGCAUCACGGAUGCUGAUAUUCACCAUGAACUCACUGGCGUAGCGAGAAAAUACAAUAAGAAACUAGCGGAAGCUCGAGCGGAAGCAGAGAAAAACAAGGAUCGAGCCCACCAGGAAGUCACAAACGAGAGCAGUACCGGAGUCGAUUACGAAUCUGUGUGCUCCGCGCUUGCUGGUUUGCAGAUGGCUCAGGAACAGAGCGAGGUCCUUGAAAAUGUUGAGAAAACAUCUGAGGAUGCGAUUGAUGGCAAUGCGGUUGUUAAAGAAGAGGGUGAUGAUUCAGUUGUGACCUAA